AACUUUCUGCCCUCCAGUCCAAGAUGGCUGUGCAGGAAGUAGAGAUGCAGGUGCAGGCCUCUGAUAUGGAGUCCCUGACCAGGAACAUGCAGAUUAGAGAAGACCUCAUCAAGGACCUGCAGAUGCAGCUGGUUGAUCCUGAACACAUACCAGCUAUGGAACGCCUGACCCAAGAAGUCUUACUUCUUCGUGAAAAAGUUGCUUCAGUAGAAUCACAGGGUCAGGAAGCUUCCAGAAACCGAAGACAAGAAUUGCUGCUGAUGCUGGAAGGUCUGGUAGAUGAAUGGAGUCAGCUCAAUGAGGCCUUACAAGCAGAGACACAGCUCUGUAGCAGCCUGGUGAAGUUCCAUGCCCAUCCAGAGAGGACUGAGGAGUAUCAAAGAAAAGGGGGAAUUGAAACUUAGCAGGACCCUGCAGGGACCUCCCAGGUACAAAAAGCCUUUCUGUGUCCCCUGCCUCGCCCCUGCCUUCAAGGCUUUAGUCUCCUAGGUUUGAGUUCCAAAGAACAGAUUCAAGCAGUUACUAGUUAGGGAAGUAAGGGAAUGCAGAAACAAAGGAAAAACAGGCAAGAAACAAUAGUUAAGCUAUAAAAACUAUGAAACGCUAUAAAAAGUCCUAGGGAAAUACAUAACAAUCUGACAUGUAUCUUUGAGUUGUCCUACGAGAACUAAGACUCACACCCAGGUGGAUGUCAGGCACAACUGCUGGAUCCCAGACCGGUUAGAACCAGAAGGUUGUGAUUAAGAUUCCUGACAUAUCACCCUGUUACCUCACUGCCAACCAAACAGGAAGGUCAUGCACCCCGCAACCCUCAUCUCAGAUGUUACCUUUAAAGACCCUUCCCUGAAAGCCACCUGGCAGUGAGGGUCCUUUGAGCAUGAGCCGCCUGUCCUCGCUGGGUCACAGCUGCAGUAAGCGCUGUGCUUUCCUUUACCACAACCCACUGUCAGUAAUUUGGCUUUGCUGAGUGUUGGGUGAGCAGACAACGAAAAAUACUGCAAGCCAUAACAAUAAGCAAAGAAUGCUGAAGCCAUCAAGUCAUCAGCGGCUGCCCGCCACCCCCCAGUGAAGACAAGCCUGCAGCCCAGCCUCUGCAGCCAUUCACAAUGGUGCACUCUGAGGGCACUCAGAAUAACAAAGGCCAGGAUACUGGCCCUAGAUGGCUAGGUGCUUGUCAGAGGAACGAAUUCAUUGAGCCCAAAUGUUUGCUCCCUCCCAUACACAGAAAAGCACUAAAUUCUUUAACUUGAGUUGUGUGGUUUUCUUUACUUAACAAGUAACCUUUUAAUGUUCCAACUGCUUGGUCUUUAUUGUAAAACUCCUAUAUAUCCUAGCUCCUCCCCUACCUCUUCCGAGCAGUCCCUCAGAGUGAUCUGAGAGGCUGUCAUCCAGGG